AUGGCACACUACACAAGGACUGCAUUCGUUACCCUUACGUGGUUUCCCGUUCUCUACACCUUCCAUAACCAUGUGUAUCAGCCAUGUCAUAUUUCAGGAACUUCAAUGUCUCCUACGUUCAAUCCUGGUACCACCACCACUUCUCAAGAUAUCGCCAUAGUUCAAAAAUACAAUCUUAAACGACCCAAUUCGCUCCGGCGCGGCGACAUAAUCAUGUUUCGGUCGCCGAACAAUCCAGAAAAGUUGGUUACGAAGAGAAUUACCGGAUUACAAGGAGAUACAGUGUUUCCCCACAGUCCACCAUAUCCGAAAAACCAGGCAUUGAUUCCACGAAAUCACCUCUGGGUUGAAGGAGAUAACACGGCACACUCGGUUGACUCCAACACAUUUGGCCCUAUAAGCCAGGGAUUGGUGGUGGGAAAAGUGGUGGCUAUAAUAUGGCCUCUUUCCCGGAUGCAAAUCGUGUAA